AUCAAAGACGGACGACUGGGACGAGUGUGGUGUGAAGUGUAGGUCUUUCUUUAGAAACCCGCGUUCACACUGCUACUCCUGCGCCACCGGCGGAACACUCUCUCGCUCUUUCUCUCUCUGGUUUCGUGAAGAAAGAUGUUGAAGCUGUCGAAGCUGCUCCUGCACUCCUCAAGGGCUUCGAAGAGUAUGCUUGGUGUAGCUGCUAAUGACUUCAAAUUAUUUAGUGGCAUUGCCACCCGGGCGUGGAUGUCUACUGCUACAGCAAAAUUUGAGCCUAGCGCUAAAAUAUUUGCACCUUAUUCAAUUUACAAGGGUAAAGCUGCACUAUCUGCUGAUCCUCUUCUACCCAAGUUCACUAAAUUAGAAACUGGAGAUUACAGAGUUGAACGUCGUGGCGUCAUCAUGUUGACAUUUUGGCCCGCUAUUGGUGAGCGUAAAUAUGAUUGGGAGAAAAGGCAGAAAUUUGCUCUGUCCGCAACAGAAGUUGGAUCCCUGAUCAAUUUGGGUCCAAAGGAUUCAUGUGAAUUCUUCCAUGACCCAUCAAUGCUAUCAAGUAAUGCAGGUCAAGUUAGAAAGAGUCUUUCAAUUAAAGCACAUGCUGAUGGUAGUGGUUACUUUGUUUCUCUGAGUGUUGUCAGCAAUGUCCACAACACAAAUGACCGGUUUGUUGUUCCUGUCACUGGUGCUGAGUUUGCAGUGAUGCGGACUGCUUUCUCUUUUGCCUUGCCGCACAUCAUGGGUUGGGAUAAACUUGUGGUGAAGGUCCCUUUUAGCGGUAAUGGUGAAUCUUCAGGUUCAGCUAGGGUGGUUCCUCAAGCCCAGACCUCUGAGUGGGAUAGAUAGAUAUAUGUUCACUUUUGCCAAUCAUCUUUGUAAUGAUGCCCAUUUUGUUAAUUAGGGUUUGAGUGUCAUUGCAGUCUGUGAUACUUCCCAAGUGGCUGUUUCUGGAUUCUAUAACCAUUUGCAGUAGUAAUUAAGCAAUCCAUUUUCAGAGGAUAAA